AUGUUCCUCAUAAGCUCGUCGGGCUUCCUCGUCAACCUGUACAUUCUGAUCAAAAUGCGUGCACGGCUGAAGGACGCGAACGAGUUCACGAAGCUCAGUCUGGCCAAGACGAUUCCGAAUAUGAUUGUGUGCGCGGCGUUCCUCUUCUGGGCGGCCCCAUUGUCCACUUUUCAAGUGUCUCAGCCACGUCUUCCGCUCUUCCUCAACGUACUAAUCGGCCAGAUUACCGGCUAUGGCGCCUAUAUCGCUGGACCGUGUAUUUUGUUUCUAACCGCCUCCAACCGAUGGUUCUCAAUGUUCUUCCCGUUUUAUAAACUGCCGGUCCGUGGCGGUUCGGUCACGCGUCUAUCGCUUUGUUUUGUCGUCCUCAUCGCCUUGUUUUUCACGAUAUCCGGAAUGGUCCCUUGUGAGUUUUUUUCUUUCCACCUGUCUCCGUUCGAGAACGCAUUUCGUUCUCUUAACUUUAGAACAAAGUAUCUCAGCUGCCAGUAGAGAUAUGAAAAAGUGGUCAACUAACAAAAUGUACUCGAUUUUAUGAAGAACAAUUUGUUAGUUGACAACUUUUUGAUAGCACCAAAAAGAAACGUUUAAUUUUUCUUUCCAAUUAUUCCAAUCAAUUUUACAGUAUGGAGCACAGAUCUCUCAAACACUUUCAUUCCAGUAUCAUGCGGUUUCCUAUACGAUCCCCAACAGUUUCUUUGGACUUUUCUAGUGCAAGAGGAGCUAGAGUGUCCGACGGCGGUCGGAACUGUCUCCACUAUUAGCAUUAUUUGUCUCGAUUUGACGUCCAACUCGAUCAAUUUGACGAUACUGCUAAAGUUGGGCUCGGAGAAGGUGGGCGGAUUGUCGACGCACGCGAUGAAGAAUCGCAGGAAGAAGAGUUUGCGGAUGUUUAUGCAGGUGAGAGAUUGGUUUUUUUGUUUCUAUGUCAUUUUGAAUUCAACUAGUUGACCUGUGAUCUGAACUAGAUGGCCUAGAAAUCCAACUAGACUCUUCAACUUUUGAACAAAAUGUUCAGAGCGUCACGCAGGACUGUCUGCACAUUGUCGACAUCAUCAACUGGCAAUUCAUAGCGGGAAUGAGGCACGAGUUGUGGUGGGAGUUCAUCUUUUACACAAUGUCGCUGCUGACGAUCCACGCGUUCGACGGCUUCGUCAUUCUCUAUUUCCAGACGGGCGUGCAUCCGAAAUUUUUCCGCAAAUCCAAAAGUGCAACGAUCACGUGGACGGGUUGAUUACUCAAUAAAUUUUGUUGUUUUUUUUUUCGUGAUAUUGUUGACAUCCGUCCUCCAGGAACUAAUCACUUUUGCUUGAUUGACAUGAGUUCAAUCAAUCUCCUCGACACAAUAACCGAAUUGAAAGCUGUUUUCGGAGAGUUUUGCAGAGGUUCCGUACUGAUAUUCAUUGUGUUGAGUUCAAAGAUUGCGCUCGAAAACUGGGCAAGCGGAAAUGAAAAGUAAUCGGAACGGAAUUUGUUCCGCACACAUGUUCUUGGGGAGUAAAGAUGUCGGGGACAUUUCGGACUUUCCGACAUUUGAACAAUGAUAAACUGUGUCGAAAAUGAGCGGAAAGUCAACGAAUUUGUAUGUAUAGUUUCAGUUUUGCAUGGGUUGGACAGUAUCUAGAACAGUAUCAGUUUAGGCCUUCAACUUACUUGCUGCUAAACCGAUGAUGUUGAUUCUCUAUGUCUCUUUCUCCAUGAUCUACGCUCUUCAGCCCUUCAAAACUCUUCGAUGCGUGAUGAUAGAUGCACCAUGACGGCUCCAAACCCUUCACUUCUUCUUCUUCUUCUUCUUUCUCUUCCAAUGCUGGUCGCCAUCGCCGUCACCGCUCUCUUUCUAGUCAGCUCCUCCGGUUUCCUAGUGAACUUCUAUCUCUUCCUCAAACUAUUGCCCAAAUUCGGCAGCGCGCACGCGUUCACAAAGCUCUGUGUGGCCAAGACCGUUCCGAAUAUGCUCGUGUGUGCGGGCUUUCUGUUCUGGUCCGCCCCAUUGUCCACUUUUCAAGUGUCGAUGGCGGAUCUACCCGUGUUCCCGAACGUACUCAUAGGCCAGACGAUCGCGUAUGGCGCCUACAUUGCUGGCCCGUGCAUUUUGUUCCUGGUCGCCACAAAUCGAUGGUUCGCAAUGUUUUUCCCGUUUUACAAACCGCCGAUUCGCGGCGGAAUCGUUAUCAACGGUCUUCUCGUCGUCGUGCUCAUCGUCGCACUGUUCUUCACGAUUCGAGGAAUGAUCCCGUGUGAGUUUCAUACAUUUUUAGCGCUUUACGAAAGAAAUAAAGUGUGUUUCAGUGUCGUGCGGCUUCCUUUACAAUCCACAACGUUAUCUCUGGGUUUGGCUGACCUAUAAGCGUGCGGAUUGUGCGACAAACGUCGAAAACGCGAACACGAUCAGCAUCGUUUGUCUGGAGCUAUUGUCGAAUUCCCUCAAUCUCACAACUCUUUUGAAAUUGUGCUCGGAGAAGGUGGGCGGAUUGUCGACGCACGCGAUGAAGAGCAGAAGGAAAAGAAGGAACCGCAUGUUCACUCAGGUUUAUUUUUUUCGAUUCUCAGCAAUUCUUUUUAAAAGAAUGCCAACUUUCAGAGUGUGACCCAGGACUGUCUGCAUCUGGUGGAUAUCAUCAACUGGCAACUGAUUGUCGGUCUCAAUUCCGACGUCUACUUCAGUUUCAUCUUUUCCACAAUGUCGCUGCUGUCGAUCCACGCAUUCGACGGCUUCGUCAUUCUCUAUUUUCAAACGGAAGUGCACCCCAAGUUUGUGAGAAAGACGACUACGUUGAAGAAAGCGAAGAGUAGCACUAUUAUCACUUUGACAUAA